GUGACCGUACUCCACGUCGAGGAGAUUUCGAACUUUAUUAUUAAAAUUAUUUUUUAAAAGUUAACUCGUUGCCAUGGGUCUUAAAGGUUGUGAAGUGCUUUUGGAUAAUCCCUGGAACACCUACUAUGCUGGACAAACAAUCAAUGGACAGGUGAAAAUCACCUUUGAUUCGCCAAAGAAAGUUCGAGGCAUUAUCAUACGCUUUUUGGGCGAGGCCAAUACGGAAUGGACGGAAGAACGUAAUGUCACCACCAGCGAGGGUAAAACUGAGAAUGAGAUAACAAAUUUAAAGGGACAUGAGGAGUAUUUCAAGAUCCAAUAUUAUUUGCUGGGUGGCAAAAAUAGCUCUGAAACUGAACUACCACCUGGUACCCAUACGUAUCCAUUCACCUGCGCCUUGCCACCAAACUUGCCUUCAUCCUUUGAGGGUGAAUUCGGCCAUGUGCGGUACACAAUUAAGGUGACAUUGGAUCGGCCAUGGAAGUUCGAUCAGGAUAUGAAAAUGGCUUUUACAGUAAUUGCUCCUGAAGAUUUGAAUCUGAAUCCUCGUGUAAAGGAACCCUUUCGUUUGGAAUUGGAGAAAUCAUUCUGCUGUUUCUGUUGUCGCAGUGGCCCCUUGGCUGUAAUAACUAGUGUCCCAUAUACGGGCUAUGUUUCGGGUCAAAUCUUGCCCAUUACUUGUGAGGUGGAUAAUACUAGCAAUGUGAAUCUCACUGCCGUGAAAUUUGAGCUACGCAAACUGGUUACCUUCCAUACUAAUCAACCAAGGAGCGAGAAACGCGAAUCGAAGGUGGUUAUAGCUCAACUAAGUGUUGGACCAGUCAAUGGCGGGGAAUCUCGAACGUUUAGUCAACAACUGGAGAUUCCAGCACUGCCGCCAACGAAUCUUCUUAACUGCGGCAUCAUUGCCUUGGAUUAUGAUGUGCAUGUCGAGUGCGAAGUGAGUGGAGCUCAUCGUAAUCUGUCGGGUAAAAUACCCAUAACAUUGGGCACUAUUCCAUUGGCUGGUAUUAAGCCACCAACAAUGCAACAGACAGAUGUUCCUAGCGAGGAUCCAUCAUUACUUCCCACUCAACCGGUCAGCCCAGUUAGUCCAGUUGUUGGUGGAGCUGGCGACCCAGGCGUAGGUGGGGCCUUGGGAUGGAAUGUGGCUGACAGUGCCGCCGGAGGUGCCGGCAGUCUAUAUCCCAAUAUACCGCCGCCACAAUUCGUGGAGACCCAGUACCGGGCGCCAACCAUAGCUCGAGGCGAUGAUUCAGAGCAUACACAAAUGAUCGGUGAUGGAGCUUUUGCACCGCGCUAUCCAACCUUUCAGUUCAACAAUGCUACAGCUCCCUCAAUGAACUCUUAGAAUGGGAAUCUCAAAGUCUAGAAUCUACAAGUGUGCUACGUCUUGUUAUAUAUGUUUUGUAUUUGUUUAAUUUAUCGCAUUUGGUUAAUGGAACACGUAAAACAGAAGCUUUACCGUCCGUAAACCGAAAGCUUCCAAUUAUCUACACAUAUUUACGCACAACUCAAUAGUCAAAAUUGUAUUUCUUAUUGUCAUCAAUAAUAGUGCCUACGAUAAUCUUCGUAAUAAAUGAUAUAUACUACAUCUAUCUGUCAAUAAUAUAAA